AUGAUUAUAUCAAUUUUGGCCAGCGUUACACUUCUGAAGUUUGCAUCUUCUCAAGGAGCAUAUUAUCCCAAUCAUUGGUAUGGGGCCAAUUCAGCGAAUAUCAGAUCGGGUGUUGUUCCCGAAUGGGGACCCGUACCAGUCUCAAACGCGGGCACAUUGGCUCCCCAUGUAUGCGGAUUCAAUCCAUUCAUAAGGAAAUGUAUGGACCCCGAAAAUCACUGCCCUGGUCGGUGUAUGAACUUCCGGUACACAUACAAUACGUUGUAUGAUUCUAUAGAUCCUCUUACAACCACUACAGCCCCUAGUCGAUCGAUAACCUGGAGCCGCUCGCCAGUGACGGAGGAACGACCAAUCACAGCGACGUUCCCGCCAAUCGCUGGUACCGCCCCUCGAGACCGCUAUUAA